UACCAAGUUCGUGUAACCUUAAACUAACAUGUUUCAUUUCCAUUUGUGAAUUCAAGUUUGCGGUGUUCUACAGUUUCACGCCGAAACAACCCAACCAGAGUCCGACGAAUAGAACUAAUCGAAUGUUUAACAAGAUAACAUAAAAAUGAAUCAAGCCGAAGUAUCGAAACUUGUCUCAAGACUUCGCGGCAAAGUCAAUCCGCGCCUACGCAAAUUCAGAUCACAGGGCGGCCCCGAAGAACGACUGAAUAAACUCCGCAAAACCGUCACAGCCCUUAUAAAACAUGAACGCCUUGAAUUAAAUUAUCCGAGGGCAGAUGAAGCACGUAUGUACGCUGAACGACUGAUCUCAGACGCAUUGCGCUAUGGUGACUGCCACAAAACAACAAUGGAAAUGGCUGAUUACUGGCUACUAGAGAAACAGUUGGUUCACAAAUUGUUCAAGGUAUUAGUACCACGAUACGAAAACUUCACAGUAUCUUACACGCGUCUGCUGAAGGCACCAACUCCUUACACUGGCAGCACCAGAGAAAAAGCCAUUUUAGAAUUGAAAGGCAACCCGUUUCCAUCAUUGUUGCAUGACUUCAGUACAAACCGCAAUCUGAUACAUAACGUCCUCAUGGACGAAGCAAAAAAAGAGUAUAGAGCACAAAAAUAUCAAGAAAUAGCAAACAAAAUUGAAGCUGAAGCAGUCAAAGCAAAGGCAGCAAGUGAAACCAAAUAGUCAGGCACAAAUUGCUAAGUUAGUUACUGAAUAAACUAUAAAAAACUUAAUUUGUUUAAAAGUGAGCAUCCCUUAAUCAUCCUAAGCAAUCAUGCAUUGGCAGUAAAAAUGGAUUACUCAUUAUUAUUUCAUAAUCAACAAUAGUUAUCAACUAUAGAAUAUUUUUGUUUGCUCUUUUUGUAUCAUUUUAUAUCGUGAGAAUAAAUAAAUCUCUGUUCACUUGA